GUUUUUUUUCCGUGUGUACAGUAUUUCGUGUGAAGUUUUUGGUGGAAUUGUGGUUUGAUCUUUUGUGUCGUGUUGUUCAUCAUGAACCUCAAGGUUGUUGAUCACCCGUCGUUUGGGUUCCGUUCCUGCAACGAUGAUGACAGAAAAUUUUGUCAUGCACACAUUGGAACCGAGACCAUCGUAACGAACGACGCCCAAGUUCAGUCGAGAGAUCUGCAAGAGGCUGGGGUUCAGACGGACGAAGCUAACAAAGGAAGACACGUCACGUACAAUGAAGAAGAAGUUUCGGCCUUCCUAAAUCGCGUAGCACCGACAAUUCUGGAUGCCCUCGCUGACAAUGAGAAAUCUACGAUUUUUCUGGAUUACGAGCAGAGAAAAAUUGAUGAAAGUUCUGAUGGGACAGCAAACUGGUGGUCUGUGGGUACGGGAGUGGUGUCAAGUCUUGACUGGAACCCGAGAGGCACACGCAUCAUGAUAGGCAUAUCAUCUGGUACUCAUGAGGACUGGUGCAAGCAUGAGGGAAAGUUCGAAGUACGGAACGUGAGUGGUGAGCUGUCAACUAGUUGUGUAGUGGAGUCCUGUGUGACGAGUGUUGCAUGUCACCCAUUCGAAUUGAGCAUCAUGAGCAUAGGAACGCAUGAUGGCCGGGUUGACGUGUGGGACUUGAAUCGGGACAAUUCCGUACCGAUGGCCUCAAGCUCUGAAAUUGUCGGGACCAAUAUUGAAGAAGCUGUGACUUGCCUGAAGUUCUCGGAGAGGAAUUUCCUCGGUGAAGCUGGAUCAGCUCAUUUACUUCUUCUCAUCUCAGCUGCUCUUGAUGGAAACAUUCUCUUUUGGUCGGUGAACCACGUGAGCGGAGACAUGAGGAUUCUUCAACGGUUUCUUUCGCCAUUUGCUGACUCUAAUCCCACUACCCUUGGAACAGCAGCAUCUCGUGGAUUGAAUGCUGGUAUUUUGUGCUGGAGUUUUUGCCGAGCAGAUCCUUCGACGUGUCUGAUUGGUGGCGAAGGUGGAUCGGCGGCUUUAUGCUCUUUCCUUCCAAACCAAAAUCAAGUGGGGAAAAAUGACGACCAAGUGGGUAGCAAGAAUUCAGUGAAGCUGUUGCUGCAAUCUCAUGUGGGAAACGUGAUCAGCGUUGAUUUCUGUAGGUCGUUGACAGAUGUGCUAGCAACUGCCUCAAGCGACGGAAUCGUGUGGAUUUACAAUUUGAAAAAGUCCACUUCUCCUGUGGCAGAGUUACAACUCACCUCUGGAAUCACGUGCCUGCUGUGGAGUCCUACAGCCGCUUGCGUCCUAUUUGUGGCUUCAAAUCAAGGAUCUGUUCUUAUCUUUGACUUGUUGAUGAGUAAAACUGAGCCCGCUUCGUUGCUUGAAGUGCAAUCGUUUCCUGCAACUGGCAGAUCACAAAGGUUGAACAUUACCACGAUGAAGUUCAAUCCGCAAAACCCCAAGCAGAUAUGCAUUGGAUUUGCGGAAGGAAAAAUUGCAGUGUGGAAGCUGAGUGAACUACAAGUGAACGGAACGUCGGACCAAAGCACGGCAUUGGACGCUUUGGGAGGCGCAACGGAGGAAUAUAUUGAACCCUGAUUUUUGUAAUCCAAAUGUACCCUUGAAACUUGGAUCUCGUACUUCAGAUGAAUAUUCAGUCAAGUGCUUUAACGAUUGUGUGGUGUUCAAAAAGUCAGAUUAUCAGUCAGUCAAAGAUUAAACUGAGAAGCUUUCACCUGAGGAUAUAUUUGGUCAGUUGAGGCGUUCUAUUGGUGUUCGUUGAGUUGUCUUUCUAUGAGCAAUGCUGCAUGUUGUGGAAAGAUAUAAAGAAACCUCUGUGAUGAA